AUGUACAAGGUACUGGAGUGCAUUAUCCUGGACCGACUCAUCAAACAUCGCGAAGAAACAACGCGCGAGGAGCAAGCUGGCUUUCGUCCUGGCCGAUCUACGAUUGACCAGGUGUUCAUCGUCUGGAGUGUGAUCGAAAUCUGGCAGCGGUAUUCGAAGCCAAUGCAACUAGCGUUUCUGGACUUCGAAGCCGCGUUCGACUCUCCUCACCGAGGCCGUCUUCUCAACGCGCUGAGCGCCGAUGGAGUACCAGGAAAGUUCGUUCGCUUGCUUGAUGACAUGAAUCAACGAACAACUACUGUAGUUCGAACACCAGCCGGAUGUACAACACCGUUUGAAGUGGUAACUGGAGUAAGACAAGGGGCAGUGGCAGGACCUUUCCUGUUCAAUUUCGCAUUCGACGAUAUUAUGCGAAGAACAGUCGGCCAGUAUCUUGCCGACAUUGUCUUAGCACCAUCUGGGUGCCCCUUUACUGACCUCGAGUACGCCGACGAUGUUGUUAUAUUCGCGGAAAGCAGUACAAAACUUCAACAUGUUGUCAACCUUCUAUCGAAGCUAACUGCAGCCUAUGGACUACGCCUACGCCCUGAUAAAUGCGAACAGAUGUGGAUCUCUUCGAGAUCUCAAACGGGAAUCAGGGUGGACGGACAACCGAUAGAACUCGUCGAUGAGUUCUGUUACCUAGGCUGUACGCUGAAGAACAAUGGCAACUACGAGAAAGAUAUUCAGCAAAGUUGCGCUAAGACCACUUCUGCAUUUAACUCCUUAACGAAAUAUCUGUGGUCGACCCCCAUCAACAACGAAGUCAAGCUGCGAGUCUACCCGUCCGCGAUUCACUUCAUCAUGAUGCACUGA